GUGUUAUUAAAUAAUUUGAUUUAUGAUUUUGAGACAACAAAUAUGAGUAAUAAAACUAUUAGCAAUGAAACUGAUGUGAAAACAACUACACCACCAUUAAUAGCAAAACAUAGUGAUUAUAGUGAAGACGAUCGACCAUAUAGUGAGCAAUCUAUACGCCAAAGACCACUGUCAUCGUUGAACGUUAUGAUCAAAAACAAAGGCUAUCAGUUGAAAGAAUUGAUGGGAAGAGGACAUUAUUCACUGGUCUACCGGUGCUUAUGGGAUCGGUCACCUAAAAUGGACAUUGCCUGCAAGUGUAUUGAUUUGGAUACUGUUGAUAAAGAGUGGAAAAGCAAAUGUUUGAAACAUGAAUUGAUUGUUAUAAGAAAACUAAAGCACAGACAUAUUGUCCGAAUGUAUGACAUACUGGAAACACCUAAUAUUGUAUUUAUAUUCAUGCAAUGGGGUGUCAACGGUAGUAUAAUGUCACUGAUGGCUAAUCAGAAAACAGCUUUUAAGGAAAAUCAGGCAAAACAAUGGUUUCAGGAGCUGACCAAUGGUUUGUCUUAUAUGCACCGCAAGAAUAUAGCGCACAGGGAUCUCAAACUCGACAACUUUUUGUUGGACGAUAAUUAUAUGGCAUUGUUAUCUGAUUUUGGUUUCUCCACAACCGCACCAAUUGGUCAAAGUCUUAUGCGUCAAACACAUUGCGGUUCACCGAUAUAUAUGGCACCAGAAGUGUUGACGGUCAACAAAACUGGCAAAUAUGACGCCAAGAUAGCCGACCUGUACUCUAUGGGUGUGUGUCUCUAUGAAAUGAUCACAUUUGACAAACCAUUUACUGAUGAUAUAUCCAUUGAGAAUCUCAUUAAAGAGAAAAUCAAACGUAACUAUCAAUACAAUGUUCAGAUAAACGACAAGUUGAGUACAGAUGUUAAAGAUAUUAUAUAUAAGCUCUUGGAUCCCAAUCCCAAGCAUAGGAUAAAAAUAAUUGAUAUUUUCAAUCACAAAGCUCUUGAAAAUAUUAUUUAG